UCCGUAAACAAAGAUGACAGGUGAAAGGGUGAGAACGGCUCAUGUUGAGCUCUGUUUUAUGCCAAAGUUGCAUCAUGCUUUGUGGUACUGUGUACUGCUGGUAUGUAUUCAGUGUGAUGUGUGUAAUAAACGAACUUACAUAGAAUACUAUCUCCAACAAAGCAACGUUUGCCUCAGAAACUCUUCAUCUGUUCGAAGUAACAGCAAAAUUAUCGACAAGUUAAUCUCUUCAUUUCAAGCAUGGGAUUUCGCACCCCGUCAGAUUCUUCAUGAAACAUUUCCCAUAGACCCGGAGAAAAGAAAUUUUGUAAGACAGGUUAAAAAUGUUUUAUUUUCUGUGGUCAAGCCAGUUUCAUUCAGGACAGAAACAAAACUAGUAGCAAUAUCAGACGACGCUAUGAGGGACAUCUUGGAUCUGGAUCCAGAUAUUGCUACUGAAACACAGUUUAGAGAUUUUGUCAGCGGGGCGUAUCUCCACCCAGGUGCCACGCCCCUUUCCCACAGAUACGGGGGCCACCAGUUCGGGAACUGGGCGGACCAGCUCGGUGACGGUCGGGCAGUGAUGCUGGGCGAGUAUGUCAACAGGGGUGGGGAGAGGUGGGAACUGCAGCUGAAGGGGUCAGGCCUCACCCCCUACUCACGGCGUGGGGACGGACGGGCAGUGCUCAGGUCUUCCGUAAGGGAGUUCCUGUGUAGUGAGGCAAUGCAUUAUCUAGGUAUCCCCACAAGCCGUGCUGUGGCGCUCGUAGUAAGCGACGAUCCCGUCACACGAGACCAGUUUUAUGACGGUCACCCCCAGACAGAGAGGGGUGCUAUUGUGCUUCGCGUGGCUCGAACCUGGUUUCGCUUCGGCUCUCUCGAACUGCUAGCACACAAAGGAGAAACGGAUCUACUGGAACAGUUAGCUGACUUCGUCAUACGGAGUUACUUCCCUUCUGUUGAUAGUGCUGGUGGAGACAAAUACCUUGCAUUUUAUAGUGAAGUUGUCACCGCUACAGCUGAUAUGAUCGCAAAAUGGCAAAGUGUUGGAUUUGCUCAUGGUGUUUGUAAUACAGAUAAUUUCAGCCUUUUAUCAAUUACGAUCGAUUAUGGACCGUUUGGGUUUCUGGAUGAAUACAAUCCCAAAUUUAUACCCAACACCUCAGAUGACGAAGGGAUGUACAGUUUCGAAAGGCAACCAGAUGUCGGAAUGUUUAAUUUAAAUAAAUUAAGAGAAGCUCUGCAACCGUUAUUAAGUGAUAAACAAAAGGCUGAUAUGCUUGUUGUUUACAAUGGGUAUGCAGAUGUAUACAAAAAUAAAUUCAUGGAGAUUUUCCGCAAGAAACUCGGGUUGAUAAGUUUCGAUAUUGAUGACGAACAGCUGGUUGCGGUACUGUUGAAAAUGAUGGAGGAUACGAAAUCGGAUUUCACCAUGACAUUUAGACAGCUCGGAGAAAUAUCUCUAUUUGAUUUGGAAAAUAGUAAUAUUGAUGGCAAAUACUGGGCUUUGAGAACAUUACAAAAACACGACUGGUUCUCGAGAUGGGUUCAGAUCUAUGCUGAAAGAACAAAGACGACAAAUAUUUCUGAAAUUAAAAGACAAACCCUAAUGAACAGCAAUAAUCCGAGGUAUGUUUUACGAAACUGGAUGGCCCAGAAUGCAAUAUCUCUUGCAGAUAAAAACAGUUUUGAGGAGGUACAGAAAGUGUUGCGCGUUCUCAGGAAUCCAUUCACAUUGCAACAGGAGGCCGAGCAGAGCGGCUUUGCUGACCUGCCGCCAUAUUGGGCCAGCUCGCUAAAAGUCAGCUGCUCGUCUUGAAUGUGAAAUUAUAA